AGCUUCGGAGCUGCAGAAGGAAUUGGAGAUCUGAGUGGAGUUUGUAUCAAUUUUCUAGGAUCGUCGACAAAGACCUUGGGGAUUGUUACAUUCAGCGCGAAGUCUGCAACGUAUUAUUCGAUUGUUGCACUCGCCGGCUCCUUUAACUUGGACUUGAUCACUGCAAUAUGACUCUGGAAGAUACUACUGGAACUGACAAUACCAGCAAAAAGAUGCAGACAAUUGACCAAGCCUUGGAAGAAUUGUUGGUGGCAGCUCAGCGCCAGGGUUGCUUAACCGUUGGAGUUUAUGAGUCGGCGAAACUAAUGAAUGUUGACCCAGAUAGCGUAGUUCUGUGUCUCUUGGCGGCUGACGAGGAGGACGAGAGCGACAUCGCCUUGCAGAUACACUUCACCCUGAUCCAGGCAUUUUGCUGUGAAAACGAUAUCAACAUCGUGCGGCUGCGGGGUGUCAAACGGCUGGAAGAGAUUCUGGAGGCUGGAGGAGAGAGCGCCGAACCCCUGGACAUGCACUGCAUGCUUGUCACGAACUCUCAUACCGACGUUUGGAAAUGCGAGGCACUGGAGGAAGUCGGAAGCUACUGCCAGGAAAGCAGAAACAAGAACCAAUGGGUUCCUAUUGUUUCUCUGCAAGAACGCUGAAAGACCUCUGUGGCGAAUUAAAAAAAAGCUGCAAAAUCCAAUCUUUAAGUAAGAAGAGUGUAUGCCGUUUUUUUUAAAGAAAAGAUGCGGAUGGAUGAGGAAAAUCUGGUUUGCGAAGGCACUGUUUUUAAAGAUGCAAGAAAUCGGCAGAGCAGGCGGGACUUGGCUGUUUUCGAGGCGGCAAGUGGAUUGCAACCGCUCCCGGAGCCGAGAAGGGAGCAGAGGAGUUGGAGAUCAGGAAGCAAAUUUGGAAACGGAAGAGGUUUCGAAGCAGAACAUUUUGUACAUGUAUAAAUAUUUUUUAAGACUGGAUUGAAACUCAGGAGGAAUGUGGUAUACCAGGAAGGACUGCUUGAUGGCUGAUUGUACAAUGGUUGCCGGCCAUGCCUCUCGCACUUGUUGUUUCACAUCACGGAGAAUAAAAGGAAACCAUACGAAGCUGCACAGGAUUAUGGGGGCCGUUUUUAUUUCUCAACGGGAAACCUUGCAUGAGCCACGGUUGUUGCAGCAAAUGUGGAGAACUGUUGCACUUAGUUUCAAAUCGGAGGCCAAUGCAGGGAAUCUGUCGUGUAGUGGGCAUCGUGCAAUUUGAGUCGAGACUAUUAUGAAAUGUCAUUAUUUUCUCAUCAGUGUUUUGUAAUUACAACUGAUCUUCGAUGUGUAUUAAAAUGAACUUGCAAAUUAUAUUUACAAUAAAUAUUUAAACUUAAAAGUA